UAUGAAAACGAAGAACCCGAAUCCACUGUUUCUCUACCACUUCUUUCCAAUUCCAACCCACCCCGAGAGACCAAAAUAUCCCUCCCCUACCUGCUUGUUCCUUAAGCAAACCAGAGACGAGAUAGGACAGCUCUUACCUCCCCCAACCAAAACGCGUGCAGACGAAGCUUCCAAAGUCCCCACCCUCCGUCCCCUCUAUAUACUCCCUGCCGUCCAUCCUUCUCUCCCGUCCCUUUCCGUUUCAAACUUGAUCUCAUUUCUCUCCUCUUCUUCUCUCUUCUCUGUCUCUUUCUUUUAAUCAAAACAUCUGUAACUAACUUUGGCCCAUCAUCGUCAUCAGCUCGUCUUUGGUAAUGGCGGCGAAGUGUGGAUGGUUCAAGAGGCUGAACAAGGACUACCGCUGGCCGUGGAAGCUCCGCUUCUCCCCCUCCUGGCGGUGGAAGCGCGUCACCGUCCGCUUCUCUUUCUUCGACGAUGUCGUUUUCUACGUCCUCUACUUCCUGGAGGCCAUCGUUCUCGUCGCCGCCUUUGGCUGCUUCUUCCUCUGCUGCGGUUGCCACAUCUAAUCCUUCCAUGCUCUCUCUUUGUACACCCAUAUCUCAACAUUCAUCUCUUAAUUGAAAUGAAAAAAACGAUUUUGCCCUUCUCUUUUAAAAAGAAA